AUGCGGACUGGUGUUUUGUGGAGGACGAAACGUGCCAGUCAUCCAACUGGGGCUAUUGUGCUCCGGUCACGGAGCAGGGAUGUGAAUGCCAGCAGUCGUGGUCGCAUGGUGGCUCCACUUGCUCGUCAUACUGCUGCAAUCCGGACAAUGACGUUGCGAACUGGUGUUACGUGGCGCUUGAGAAUUGCCAGGGAGCCUCCUGGGGAUACUGCAGAUCUUCCAUGGUUGCCACCAACGACCCAGUCGAGCUCUGUUAGGCUGACAACUAGCAGCUGUGCGUGCUUGCGAUCCUGGACAUAUGCUGAAUAUGAGCCAUGCUUUGAUUACUGCUGCAAUCCCGAUGGCGAUGCUUCCGAGUGGUGCUUUGUGGUCAAUGCAAGCUGCCAAGGCUCCACCUGGGGUUAUUGUGGAGGCGAAGACCUAACUACAGAGACCACAACAUCUGGGACAGGAGUUCUGCCUUCCACUCUGGGGGGCUGCUCUUGCCUGCAGUACUGGUCACUGGCCGGACUUGAUCCGUGUGCUACGUACUGCUGCAACCCGGACGGUGACACGGGUCUGUGGUGCUUUGUUGCUGACGUCACCUGCGAGGGUGCCAAUUGGGGUUAUUGUUCGAGCAACGCAACUAUCUCGCAUACUCCUACCAGUCCUACCACCUCUUUGACAUCGGGGCAGCGAUUCACCGUGGAGGGUUGCCAUUGUCAAGACUCUUGGGCCCUGCAAGGCUAUGCUCCUUGCUCAGGGUCUUGCUGCAAUCCCAACAACGACACGGGCGACUGGUGUUUAGUUUGGGAUCCAAACUGUCAAGGGUCAUCAUGGGGCUACUGCAUAGAUGGAAGUGUGACCACAACUGGUGGCUCACUGGCCCCGAGGAGCACCACGGAAGGAUGUGCCUGCAAGCAGUUCUGGUCUUGGGCAAACCAUGAUCCAUGCUUGACGCAUUGCUGCAAUCCUGAUGGCGAUGUGGCCAACUGGUGCAUUGUUGUUGACGAAGCUUGCCAAGGUACAAGCUGGGGAUACUGUGCAGCUGCAACAACUUCGCAUGAAGGCAACACGACUUCAGCGUAUGUUGCUGCAGGCAGAGCCACUACCACCGGAUGUGCGUGCAAGACCGAUUGGUUUUGGCAAGGACAACACUGCAUGCAGUCAUGCUGCAAGGUUGGUGGCGACGUGGCAGACUGGUGCUUUGUGGUUGACAGUCUAUGCCAGGGUGGCAGCUGGGGAUACUGCUCGGAGGAGUUGCUGGGAGCUUCUGCCGUCACAACUACAACUGCGGUGGCAGUUUCGACAGCAACGGCGACAGUGACUGCGAUGCUUACAGGCACACAAACGACUUCGUCCAGCGUCACCUGGACAGCCACGUCACUCACCGCAACGACUUCGUCUAGUGCCACCUGGUCAGCAACGUCAGCGACUGCAACUGCAACGACUCACAUCUCCACCGGAACAUCUAUCCUAACGUUGAGUGCAACUACCUCUGCAACCACCACCAGCUUCACCGCAACGUCUAUCCUCACCUCUGCAACGACCAGCAGCUUCACCGGAACAUCGUUCCUCACGUCGAGCUCUGCAACGACCAGCAGCUCCGCCAGAACAUCUAUCCUCUCGUCGAGCGCAACAAGCUCUGCAACGUCGAGUGCAACUAGCACUAGCUCAGCCAUGUGGACAUCGAGCACGACAAGCAGCGCCACCCCAACCAAGCUCGACAACACAAGCUCCACUACCCCAGCAUCCUCCUCGAGCGAGGGCAGCAGCCCGUCCGUAACAGUGGACCUGCAGCUUCCUUCAACCACUAUCAGUUCCGUAUUCAGCAUCACAGGUUCAAUGACACUUUCACUCUCAGAUUGCGGCGGCUUCAUCAGCGAGCCUGGCAGUCAAGCAGCCGUGGAGGAAGCCCUGGCGACGCUAUCGGGCACUUCUGCACCAGCCGUGAGCGCUGUGUUGAGCUGCUCGCGUCGCCUGAAGCUCCAAGAACGCCGGUUGCAAGAAAUCGUCAGCGUGGCCUAUAGCAUCGGCUUGGGAAGCUUGGAGGAAGCCGCCAAGCCACUGGCUGCCUUGGGAAGCCUCAAUGCAGGGACCAUGACCGCAGUGCUUCAAAGCUCUCUGGCCGCGGCCGACAUCACGGUCCAAGUUGCUGUGAUCAGUGUGACUGCGCCCCAGAUGGAAGUGCCGGAGACGAGCGGGUCGACGACGGAGAGCGUCCAGGGCCUUCGAACCUCCGACUCUUCCAAGGUCAUGCGCUUGCCUGGCAUGUGGACACUGCUCAUCGCCAUGAUCAGUGCUCAUUGA